AUGUGCCGAAAGAUUGACUGCUCUGUGUGCCACAAGCCAACAUGGGCCGGAUGCGGCCAGCAUAUUGACUCGGCCCUGGCCAAUGUCGCCGUAGCCGACCGUUGCCCGUCCUGGCAGACUGGCAAGCACGACGCCGCCGUUACUACUGCCGCCGCGCCGUCGAAAGCCAACUAACUGACGAAAACAGUUCAUUCGAGACUUUUGUCACUUGAUUCCUUGUGCUGCUGAGUUUACAGUAAUCUUACGAGUCGGAACUGGUCCCCAUGUCACAGUGUCCACCCAACGUGAAAACCUUUGUCUUAAUGCACCAAGGUUGAGAGGGGUUGCCGAC